AUUCUCUGAGACAAAGACUAUUUUAGAAGAGCAAGGAACAAGUGGGAGAUAUGGGAAGCGAAACAGUCAAAGGUGCUUGUGCCGGAGUUGUCUCCAUCCCCAUGAACAUCGGUUCUGAUGCAGCCUCUGGUCAUGCAGGAAUGGCCCUAUGUCCUCCCACGGUGUCCUGAGUGGCAUGUUGCAGACCAGGCAGAGCAUAGCAGCACUGCCCACCCACUGUCUCAGGUUAGAGCCUCUCAGGAUGGCGCAGGACCUUCGUGCAUAACCCCCCAGGCUCCUAGCAGUGCUGCUGGGCCCCAGGCCCCACUGGAGAUGAAUCUUUGUUGGAAUGAGAUCAAAAAGAAAUCCCACAGCCUUCGGGCUCGACUGGAGGCCUUUUCUGACCACAGUGGGAAACUGCAGGUCCCUCUUCAGGAGAUCAUAGAUUGGCUUGGGCAGAAGGAUGAGGAGCUCUCAGCACAACUACCACUCCGGGGAGAUGUCCUUCUGGUGCAGCAGGAAAAAGAGACGCAUGCGGCUUUCAUGGAAGAAGUGAAGUCUCGGGGGCCGUACAUUUACUCUGUCCUGGAGUCAGCACAAGCUUUCCUUUCUCAGCAUCCAUUUGAGGAAUUAGAAGAACCAACAUCAGAAGGCAAAGAUGUCUCUCCCCGGCACCGGAUCCAGAACAUCAGCCGUUUUGUGUGGAAGCAGGCGAAUGUGGCCAGCGAGCUGUGGGAGAAGCUCACAGCCCGGUGUGUGGACCAACACCGUCACAUUGAACGCACGCUGGAACAGCUGCUGGAGAUUAAAGGGGCCAUGGAGGAGCUCAGCACAACACUGGACCAGGCUGAAAGUGUGCGUGAAACCUGGGAACCUAUUGGAGACCUCUUCAUUGACUCUCUACCAGAGCACAUCCAGUCGACCAAGCUCUUCAAAGAGGAACUCUCCCCCAUGAAGGAUGGGGUGAAAGUGGUCAAUGACCUUGCACACCAGCUCGCCAUCUCAGAUGUCCACCUGUCCAUGGAAAACUCUCGCACCCUGGAGCAGAUCAACACACGGUGGAAACAGCUGCAGGCCUCCAUAAAUGAACGCCUGAAGCAACUCCAAGAUGCCCACCGGGACUUUGGACCAGGCUCCCAGCACUUCCUCUCCUCCUCUGUUCAAGUCCCUUGGGAGCGAGCCAUUUCCCCCAAUAAAGUGCCAUACUACAUCAACCAUCAGGCCCAGACAACAUGCUGGGACCACCCGAAGAUGACAGAGUUAUACCAAACACUAGCGGAUUUGAACAACAUCAAGUUUUCAGCAUAUCGGACAGCCAUGAAACUGCGACGAGUGCAGAAAGCCCUGCGAUUGGACAUGGUGACCCUGGCCACAGCCUUGGAAAUCUUCAAUGAGCAUGACCUGCAACCCAGCGACCGGGCGAUGGAUGUGGUGGAAGUCAUCCACUGCCUGACUGCCCUCUAUGAGAGGCUGGAGGAGGAGCGGGGCAUCCUGGUCAACGUGCCUCUCUGCGUGGACAUGAGCCUUAACUGGCUGCUGAAUGUCUUUGACAGUGGUCGCAGUGGGAAGAUGAGGGCCCUCUCCUUCAAGACUGGCAUUGCAUGUCUGUGCGGGACGGAGGUCAAGGAGAAGUUCCAGUAUCUCUUCAGCCAAGUGGCAAACCCUGGGGGACUGUGUGACCAACGGCACCUUGGCGUCCUGCUCCAUGAGGCCAUCCAGGUCCCACGCCAGCUGGGGGAGGUGGCAGCAUUUGGGGGCAGCAACGUGGAGCCCAGCAUCCGCAGCUGCUUCCGCUUCAGCAAUGGGAAAGCUGCCAUUGAGGCAUCCCAGUUCCUGGAGUGGGCCAACCUGGAGCCACAGUCCAUGGUAUGGCUGGCUGUGCUGCACCGAGUGACCAUGGCCGAGCAAGUGAAGCACCAGACCAAGUGUUCUGUCUGCCGGCAGUGUCCCAUCAAGGGCUUCAGGUAUCGGAGCCUGAAGCAGUUCAAUGUGGAUAUUUGCCAGACCUGCUUCCUCACGGGGCGAGCCAGCAAGGGCAACAAGCUGCACUACCCCAUCAUGGAGUACUACACCCCGACUACAUCCAGUGAGAACAUGAGGGACUUUGCCACAACGCUGAAGAACAAGUUUCGAUCCAAGCAGUACUUUAGCAAGCACCCACAGAGAGGAUACCUGCCUGUCCAGUCCGUGCUUGAGGCAGACUUCUCUGAGACACCAGCCUCAUCCCCGAUGCUACCACACGCCGACACCCACUCCCGGAUUGAACACUUUGCAAGCAGGCUUGCAGAGAUGGAAAGCCAGAACUGUUCCUUCUUUAAUGACAGCCUGUCCCCUGAUGAUAGCCUGGAUGAGGACCAGUACCUGCUGCGCCAUUCCAGCCCCAUCACUGACAGAGAACCUGGGAGCAGCCAGCAGGCCCCAGGCAGCCUCAACACAGAAGACAAGGGGGAGCUGGAGCGAAUCCUGGCCCACUUAGAGGAUGAAAACAGGAUUCUCCAGGGAGAGCUGAGGCGUUUGAAAUGGCAGCAUGAUGAGGCAGUGGAGUCUCCAACCUUGGCUGCGGGCUCCCCUGAAUCAGUGCAGGACCCGCAUAAUGACGAGCUCCUAGCAGAAGCACGAAUUCUUCGGCAGCACAAGAGCCGUCUGGAGACCCGUAUGCAGAUCCUGGAGGACCACAACAAGCAACUGGAGUCCCAGCUGCACCGGCUGAGAGAGCUGCUGCUACAGCCUCCAACAGAGUCAGAUGGCAAUGGUUCAGCAGCUUCUUCCUUGGCUUCAUCUCCACACCAGUCUGAGGACAGCCAAGUGAAGGAGCGGGAGCACAACACCCCUGACACUGAAGCUGCAGAUGAGGUGGAGGCCAAAACGCAGGAUGUCAGUGUGUGCCUGGAGGAUAUCAUGGAGAAGCUGCGGAGCGCCUUCCCCAACUCUCGAGGUACUCGAGUGAAGUCCCCCUCUCUGGCUUCUUACUGUUCCCUCAGAUGAGGUUUCCAUCUCCAUGGAGCUCUGCCCGAUCCCACCCUCCCUGUGACAGCUGGUCCCCUGCAGCACCUGCAGCCAAGAGCUACAUUGUCACUACACUGCUGGGACUGAUGUGCGGCCUGGGUGCAGAGAGGAUGAGAGGUUCUCCCACCUGCAAGAUCAGAGCUACUGAGGGUGAUGACCAGCUGGAUCGUACCAGACGAGCCACAAGCAUCCUGCUCAGGGCCCUGCAUGCCCAUGGGCUCCUCCCCAUGAAGACAGGCAGACCUGACGGCACAGAGCUUGCAGUGAUCACCUCAAACCACCCUGUCUCAUCCCUGCCUGGAAGGAUGGAGGCACCGGUUACCUGGCAAAACUGAAGAAAUGGUGCAAGCUCUCCUAGCCGCUCACGGAUGGCUCUUCCCAGCAGAAAUGUGACGGGGGUGCUCGUGUGAACAGCCUCCUGCUUCCUGCGUGGGGGUUGACGUUGGCACCAGUGGCCCCUGCUUUCACUUUCUGCCUGGCCCUUUUCUCACCCAAGGGGCAGAGCUCUGCAGCUCUCUGCUUGACACCCUCCCUCACCCAGGCUGCCUGUGUGCGUGAAGGAGGGAGACGUUGCUUGGUGUCAGCACUGACACGGUGGCAAAGUUUCCCCUGCCUAUACAUCCUCACCUACUUUCUGCCAUCCCUUAACGUGCCUAUUCUAACCAGGUGGCUCCAAGUGUCAUUCUCCUGACCUCUCCAUUUCUCUUUCAGGUAUGACCUCCCUUAUCUAACACCUUCUGUGAGCCAGAGGCUUUCUCUAACCAGCUACCUGGCUGCUUUCCUCCCCUUCCUCUUAACUGCCAUGCUUCCCCUGCGGCAGGCCUCACUUGGACUCCCUCGGGAGCGCCCUGAGCCGGUCAUGAACCAUACUUGCCAGCUCCAGAAGAUCUCAGGGGAACAUGGGCCACGUGGGAGCAGGACUGUGGGCUCCUCUGGGGUCUAGCUCAGUCGCUCAGCCAUAGCAUCCAGGCUUGGACUCACUGGACUGCACAGAAAGGCUGAGAAGAAAGAGUUGAAGCCAUGAAAGCUACGUGUCUCCCUCAGCACUCAUGGGCUGCCACCUUUGGCCGCAGCCCUUAGAGGACAAAGAGCUCAGCAUUCUGCUCCUCUCUGGUUCUGCCCAGUGUCACCCAGGUUCAUGGGCACCUCGUAAUGCUCCUGCAGCCACCAGCCAGCCACCCAGUCUUUAAACUCUUCUUAACAGCAUCCAGCUACCAGCUUCACAGACUGAACUCCCCACUGCUCAGGGCUUCGCGGCUACCUGGGCACGUACCGUCUGGCGGGGAGAGUUUGUGAGGGCUGCGGGGUAGGGAGGAGUCCAUGUUAGAGCUUCAGCCCAGCUAGUAGCCUUAUUGUGGGAGGAGCUUUAUAACGGAGCCUUACCAUUUAAUUUGCAUAUAUUUCUAUAUAAUAUAUAUAUAUAUAUAUAUUCUGUACUUAAAUAUUCUCAUGGACUCACUCCAUUAAAUUCUAAUACCUUGUUAA